AUGAUGGAAGAAAAUCUCAUUCCACCGAGCGAACAUCCAGUUCGCAUACGUUGGUUAAACGCAGUUGAACAACAUCCAGCAAUUCCAAAACCUGUCGCACAGCAUCCUCAAACACCAGCCAUAAAAAUGAAUAAAAUGACUGCUCCAUCUGGAAUAUCCAAAGCACGUACUAAGGUUGCAAGUGCAACAAAUGUUGUUCGAUUUUCUGAUCAAUCUGCGACAGUAAAGUCCGUCGACAUGUCAAUACAAUCGUCGAAAGGCUUGAAAGAACUGAGCGCUGAAGAUAAAUUGAAAAUCGCCAAUUUAAUUAAAGAAUUAGCUCGUGUCGGUCAUGAGAAAGAAUUAAUUGAAGAUAAACUUGAACAAGAACGGAAGCAAUUCGAAGUACAAAUGAAAGCGUUAUUAACCGAUUAUGACAAGCUAAUGAAAGAUAAUCAAAAACUUCUCACUCGUUACAAUGAAACCAAAGCAGUUUUGACUGACUUCGAAAAAAAAUCUCAAUUAUCAUCAAGAACAUACGAAUUUCCAAAUCCUCAACGAUCUUCCACGCCCAUCGAUAUACUCUCUGUCAAAGAGCAGCCCACAACUCGUUCAGAUACUGUUCCACCAACUCGCACAGCAAAUGCCAUCUUAACAGAACAAUUUCAUUUGAAACAAUUGAUGAUGGAAAAGCAGUUGACAUUGCUUCACAAACAACAACAAAUACUUGAGAAAGAACUUCAGCAACGAAAUGCAAAUUCAUCACUUGAACAAGCAGUAAAGCCCAUCCAGACUGUAACUCGAUCAACUUCACCAUUGAAAUACGAACCUAAAGUAGAUGUGGCAGAACGCGCAACAUCACCUGUUAAACAAACAAAAUCAGUUGUGAAAGCCACUGAAAGACAAAUAAGCCGUCCGAUUCAAACGCAACGCGCGACUCUUGAUACCAAUGACGAAGAUCUUUUGAUUUUAUCAUUGAAUGAGUCCUUGCAUGAACAGUUACCGAAAACUGUCCCUCCGACCAUGAAAUCUCGUGUUCAUUCCAAUCCGCCAACGAACUUGUUUGCCGAUUCGGAAGAACAAAAUCUUCUCAAAGAUAUCUUUUUCAUUUGUUAA